AAUGAAAGAACAAGAAAUAUAUUAGUCACCUCAAUUUAAUGAAGACUAAGCAAUCUUAUAUUCAAUCCAGGUGCUUAUUUUUAUUAUUAUAAAUGUAAUUUUGCAUUAAUUAUUCUUUGUUAUAAAAAUUAAAUCCUAUAUUUAAUUUAAAAAUUAGUCUUUAAAAUAACGUAAUAACUCUUUGUCAGAAAGUUUUGUCUUGAUUUGAAAUUUUUUUGCAUACACAUUCAUAAUCAGUUAAAUAAUAUAUUAUUUGAUACAAUUCCAUAAAACCUCCUUUGGCUUAUUUUUAUCAUAGUUCCGUUUCAUUUCAAAAUAUUUUUAGUUGCACAUUACUGUGAAACGAAGAGAAUCACAGUUGAAAUAGAAAUUGAUAACGACUCAUUUGAGAGCAAUAUGUCAGUAGACUAUCUUUUCCGUCACAUAGUUCAUAAAGUGCGAUAAAAUUUUUAAUUCCUGUUUGAGAAUAAUUUUUCAAGAUAAUAGAAAUUAACAGUUAAUCUUACAAAUCUCUUCUCGUCAUUGUGCGAAAAAUAAUUUAGUUUUUAUCUCCUUCUUAGCCACGUGAUAUAUGUAUGAGGAAUUGAGGAUUUAAAAUUUGUACUUCAAAAUUGCUUUGAAGAGUUGAAAAAAAAUCACAUUUUAUAUCAUGUACACGCACCUUUAGCGUGAAUGAUAAACAAGGCAGAGAGAUAAGUGACAUCCAUAAUGUCGCACCCGCGAUAACAAUUUCCAUUCUUAUCUUAUCUGGAAGGGUAUUUGACGUGGUCACGGUAUUUCAGCCAAUAUCAAAAUUAUAUAAUAUAUCAUAUUACAAAGUUAACCGAAACUUUAUGAGAUUUUGCUCCAGCAUGCGAUAAUCCACCAUAAUUAUAUUAAUAACUUAUUAUGCAAAUUUUAUAAUAGGUUCUCAACUUAUUUCAAAAGAAAUAAAAAAGUCAAAGAAAUUUAUUCAAGAUAACAUAAUAUUAUUAAUAAUAAUAAUAAUAAAUAGAUUAGAAAAUUUUAACAGGAGAAGAAAUACAUUUUAUACAAUACAGUAUAUUACUUUUCUAUCUUUAUAAUUAAUGUAUAAUUAUUAAUUUCUAUACAUUCAUUAAACAAUUUAAUGAAUAGUCAAGUUUGAAGAAACUUAAGGAGUUUCUUCUCUUGUCUUAUUUAUAGGAUUAUCUCCUAGUAAAUAACUCCGAAUGGGAGUUCUCAAGUGAUAGUUCUGGCAAAGCUUAUGCAACUGUCUAGUCCUGCAUGUGACGCUGGUUGUAUAAGCGACGUAAAUAGCUUAACAGUCCAAGCGUAAACACACAAUAAACACGCGUCGCUAUGGCUGUGCUGCGGACAGUAAAUUUAAUUUACUAUAAAAACAAAAUAAUUACAAAAGUGAUCUAUCUCAUAAUCCAGGAGAAAAUAUUAGUGGAGCGAUUGCUCUAAAUAGCUUUAUAAAAAAAUAUACUUUUCCAAACCACUUCACAAAUUCUAUACGAGUCGGAGAUUUGCAAUUUUUUGUAUAUGCAUGCUAUCUAUUCUCUUUGGAGUAAUUUAAGCAAUUAAAUAAAUUAGCGGUUUUUCACGAUUGAUUGAAAUUAAUUUGAACUUCUUUUUUUUAAAUAAAUCCUAUAGCACCGUUCAAUUAUGAUAUUUUUUUAAUUAAUAUAAAACCAUUAAAUGAAUAAUCAUCAUUUAGUGUGAUUUUAUUUUAAAAUCCCACGACCUGGAAAAGUCACCCAUCAAACUUGUAGGGGAGCGUCUAUAAUACAAAAGGCAGCUUUCUCAGGAGCAUAAUUGUUUGCGUUAUUUAUGAUAAGGAGCAUAAUACAUCACAGGUAAAAAUGGUAAUUGGCCGCGCGCGUUCUGUUCCCUCUCCACCCAUGCAGUUCCUGUGUGUCACCGCGCCCUGCCAUUAUAUCUGCGUUCUCCGUUUUUACCUGUGGUGCUUGCAUGCGAAUGGAAAUCCAGUUCAGAGCGCGGUCCCUCGAUCGCCCGCUGCAUCCGCCCGUCCGCCGCCACUAUUUGGAUACAUCAUCAUACAUGUCGCGGUCGCGGAUCACACAACACACAACUUUAGUGCGUAGCAUCCACAAACUGCACUCUUUUCACAUGAGGACUGAUGCGAAAACUGUGCGAUUUUCGCCACUUCUGUCGGCAACACUGCAGCUGUGAAUUUUUCCUCUUGUAGAAGGAGAGGGGUAGUGCGCGAAAGAUGGCCUGGCAUAAUUUUUUAGUGUUCCUAUUUUUCUGCUCUUCGUUUGUGAUCGAUUCAUUUGGGCAGGAGCCUGUUGUGAUGCUCAAGCAAGGAGCUGUCAAAGGGUUAAGGACAUACACUGAAACAAGAAUUGCAAUCAACUCUUUCCUUGGUAUACCUUAUGUUGAGCCUCCCUUGGGCCGUCUUCGGUUUUCAAGCCCUGAACGCCACAAGGGAUGGAACUCCACGUUAGAAGCGUACGACUUUAAACCGGCGUGCCCUCAAAUUCUUCCACCGGUGAGCGACGCCCCGAGUCUUGCAUUUCCACCCAACACCAGUGAAGACUGCCUCUUCAUAAACGUGUGGGCCCCAGAUGCGCAAAACAGUGGCCUCCGCAACUACCCUGUGGUGGUUUUAUUUGAAGGCGAUGAAUUCGUCAGCGGCUGGCCGGGAAGGUUUCCGGGACUUGACCUGGCCGCUGAAGGACUGGUCGUUGUUUCCGCCAGCUACAGACUCAACGUUUUUGGAUUCUUUUAUCUGGGCAUCAAAGAAGCACGCGGGAAUUACGGCCUGCUAGACCAGUAUCUGGCUCUUUUAUGGGUGCGAGAAAACGUGGCUGCGUUCGGUGGCGACCCGAGCUCAGUGACCCUUUUGGGUCACGGAGCAGGGGCAGCAAGCGCUUUAAUGCACGCCACCUCUCCCAGAACAACUGGUCUUUUCCAUCGGAUCAUUGCGAUGUCUGGCACUCCUCUAGCGUCGUGGGCAGGUGGACAAAAAGGCGCUGCGUCGGCAAUGGCAGCGUCUCGCGAAAUAGCAAAAUCUUUGGGUUGUUUGCGACAAAAUGCGUUAAGCGCCAUGAAUUGCCUCAGGAAGUUGCCUGCUGAUGAUCUUCUUCAGGCAUUCAAAAAACUGUACAAUGGUGGCAACUGGUCCGAAAUUCCGCUGCCCGUGAGCGACUCUUUCCUGCCGGAGAACGAUCGGUACCUGCCAGAUGAUGCCAGGAAAGCGCUUACCAAAGUGACCGUUCCCGUCCUGCUCGGUGUCACGUCUAGUGACGGCAUAGCUGCCCUUGCUUCCAUAAAUAAUCUACCUCAACGGGGCUACCAAGAGUUGUUGCAAUUUGCCGAGCAAGUCACCAUUCCUGGGUUAAUUUCACAGAUGGCACUUGAAAAAAAGCAGAUUCUGGUGAAAGAAAUUGUGCGGCAUCAUUAUUUAUCACGCGCUAGAGAUGGUGAUGCUGAGGCGCUUCUGUCUCAAAUCAUUAAGCUCUAUUCUGAUGCAAUGUACCACGCUCCCGUUCACGAAACAGCAAAUAUUUUGGCUCAGAAUAUCAACUCCCCUCCUGUUUAUGUGUAUCACCUAGAAAACCUUUACUCUAUACCUGGCUCGGAUUUUUUUCACCAAACAGGAAUCAACUCAUCAGGCGCUUCCUAUGGAACGGACCUGAUAAUUUUUAUGGGCCAAAGUAUCCUGGCUAAAGUGUUGGGGCGCCGAUGGACAGUGGCAGAGGAGCGACUGUUAAUUGCAAUCAGAAGAUUUUGGCUGAACUUUGUGCGACAAGGCAAUCCAACUCCAAGCGUUUAUGGGUACAACAGUGUCACAUGGCGCCCCUAUUCGCCAGCCGAGGGAAAUUUCUUCAACCUGGAGAAUCAACAAAUGAGGGUUGAACCACUGCCUCGAGAGGGUAUUUCACUGUGGAACAAUCUGCUCCCGAAAAUAGAUUCGCUACAACUGGAGACGUCCACUGAAAAACAAGGAGUCCCAAUUAUGCAAGGAAACAGUAUGAGUUACACGAGCACAACGCUUGUCUUGGGUGUGCUAAGUUUAGUGCUGGGAGUGCUUCUUGUCACCAGCCUAUUGGUGAUGAAGAGGCGCUACGGCCGCUACCAGGACAAUGCCGAGGAUGCUUUCUGACAUGAGGACCGGGGCGAGGGAGCUCCUGAACGGCCCCCACCCCCGGUGGACUCUUCGUGGCGGUACAACCUGACCACAUACAGGUUUUAGACCUUUGAACUUGAAAUUAAAGACAAAAUUGCAAAUUAUAGAGGAAUUUUCCACAGCGCUGCUUGAAUAGCUUGAGACUAACAGUUAAUGCAAAAAUUAAGUAAGUGCGACUAGUAGCUGAUUAGAAAUAAGUACAAUAUAUGUAAAAUUCUUCAAGCACAUUGUAAAUAAUUCUUAAUUUUUAUAUAUAUUUUUAACAUCUCAACAAAAAUAAGUUUACACAAAAUUAUGCUUAGCAAUAAUAUAUUAAACAUAGGGUGGGGUGUGACUAAGAAGUAGCUUUUGAAAUAAAACAGACUGCAGAUAUAUUUUCGAGUA